UGUGGUGGAAAUAUUCGUGUGGGCGGCGACGCUUUGGCUCCUGUUAAAUAUCAGCGUGCAUGUGUAUGGGGGGAGGCGCCUCAGCUUUAAUACUGCACUCUUUUAUGGCUGGGGGCUACUUCUGGAGGAACAACCGCUCCGGCCACCCAAGGAACUCGCUGGCAAGGUACUUGUGGGAACACUAUUGGUUGUCUGCCUGAUACUGAGAACAGCCUACACUGGUUCCCUCACGUCUCAUUUGGUUGUGCAGGGGAAGUCUCCUACUAUAAACAGCCUGGAGGAGAUGGUUGACCGCCGCUACAAGGAAGGCUGGAAAUGGGGCACAAAGUCCUUCAAUGGGGCUUUUAACAGCUUGCUAAGCACCAGUGGUAUCCCGGCCUUCCAUGUCGUUAAAGAACACAUGCAGCUUAUGGAGCCCAGGGAGGGAAUACAGAAAGUACUGGAGGGCAAAUUUUCAUACAUCCGUAAUUUUUACAUCACACGAAUCAUGAUGGAAACUGAAUACAUGGGUGACAAAGGCUACAGCCCAUUCCACAUUAGCUCCACCAAAUAUCCUUUGUUUGCUGGGAACACCUGGGCAUUUAGAACUGGGACGCCAUUCAUUUCUACUUUCGACAAAGCCAUCGCGUGGCUCUUGUCCUCCGGCCUGGUGAAGCACUGGAUGGAUGACGUCAUCCAAACCUUUCUAAUGGAAGACAGACGACAAAAGAAGACUUUGGUCACCGGUGAUCCGUCAUUCGCUACCAGCACGCGAGAUGACGGCGAUGAAGUGGUACUUGGGCUACUGCACCUUCAAGCCACCUUCUACGUGUUGAUGUUUGGUGGCACAGUGGCAGCCUUCACCUUCCUGGCGGAACACCUCUUUCACCCUUACCUGACAUUCACAAAUCCUCGCCUCGUUAUCACUACUUAAUAAUUAGUUUUCCCUUUUUCAAAAUACAUACUGCUCUAUUGUGAGCCGGGGUGUGGAAGCUGGAUUCCUUUACCCUUGUCUUUUUUUUUUUUUUUCUUUAAUCAAAGCCGAGUUGGUAUGAAAACAAACAUAAGUGAUUCGUACA